GGGGUUAAGAGGCCACUUGGUGUGCUAAGUUUGAUGAAGGUGUGCAGUACAGCAGUACACUAUGCUGGGCUCCGUGGUUCUCAUUUGGAUUUUCAUCUUCCUCCUCUUCCUCUUCAUCAGGAUCCACAGGCCCAAGAACUUUCCUCCUGGACCCCGGCCUGUUCCCAUUUUCGGGAACCUGUUUCAGCUGAACAUCACCAAUCCUCUGAAAGACUUUGAGAAGUUGGCUCAGCGCUAUGGGAACAUUUACAGCCUUUACUUUGGAGCAAGACCAGUUGUUGUUCUUACUGGUUUUAAGGCUAUAAAGGAAGCUCUGGUGACCAAGUCUGCAGACUUUUCAGGACGCCCACAAAAUAUCCUGGUUUGCGAUGUAACAGAAGGGAAAGGUAUUGCCUUUGCUGACAAUGAUCUUAGAUGGAAGGAGCAUCGACGCUUUGCCCUCAUGACCCUGAGGAACUUUGGCAUGGGGAAGCAGUCUAUGGAGGACAGGAUUCUGGGAGAGACUGAACAUCUUGUGGCACGCUUGGAGAAAUGUGCUGGAGCCUUCAUAAAUCCUCAGACUUUGUUCCAUGAAGCUGCUUUAAAUGUCAUCCACCUGGUUUUAUUCGGGACUCGUUUCAACUAUGAAGACAACACCCUCAAAGAAUAUAUUCGACACUUCACUGAAAAUACAAAGAUCGUCAAUGGACCCUGGGGAAUGAUCUAUGAUACACUUCCUAUGCUGAGAUCCCUGCCCCUUCCCUUUAAGAAUGCCUUCAAAAAUUAUCACACAAUUGAAACAAUGUUUGCAAACAUGAUCAGCAAACACAAAACAUCAAGGGUCCCAAGAGAGCCAAGAGACUUUCUCGACUGCUACCUGGAUGAGCUUGAUAAGAGAGGAGAUGGUGGAUCGUCUUUUGAUGAGAUACAACUUGCGAGGUAUCUUAUAGACUUGAAUGUUGCUGGAGUAGAUACCACCUCCAGCACCCUCCUAACAGCAUUCCUCUACCUCAUGACACAACCAGACAUUCAAGAGAGAUGUCAGCAGGAGAUUGAUGAGGUUCUGGAGGGUAAAGCUCAUGCAUCUUUUGAGGACAGACUCAAAAUGCCGUACACACAGGCUGUGAUCAAUGAGUGUCAGCGUAUUGCAAAAACCGUCCCUCUGAGUGUGUUUCACUGCACCAGCAGAGACACUGAACUGAUGGGCUACAGCAUCCCAAAGGGCACAAUUAUCAUCCCAAACCUCGCCUCAGUGCUGAGUGAGGAAGGCCAGUGGAAGUUUCCUCAUGAGUUUAAUCCAGCUAACUUCCUGAACGAGCAGGGACAGUUCGAGAAGCCCGAGGCCUUCCUACCCUUUUCUGCUGGGCCUCGUAUGUGUCUUGGUGAAGGUCUGGCUCGCAUGGAGCUCUUCCUCAUCUUGGUCACUCUGCUGCGCCGGUUUCAGUUCUUCUGGCCUGAAGAUGCCGGAGAACCAGACUUCACUCCUGUAUUUGGAAUCACACUCACACCCAAACCAUACAGGAUGGGAGUCAGACUGAGACAGCCAGCUAGAGAAAUGUAGAACACGAAGUGCUAAUGUAAUGACAAUGUAAUGUAUGGUACAAUAAAAUUGUUGAAUAUACUGUAAUGCAUGAAUACCAGAGUAGAUUAGAUUUUAUUAAGAGAAUAAUAAGUAGUGUGGAAAAAUAAGCAAAAUAUUUAAGCGUCUUGUAACAUUAAGUAAAAAAUUGGAGUCUUGCUAGGAUUCAAUGGUGCAUUUUUUUAAUUCUGCAGUCAGGAACACCUCAUCCAGCUGAUCCACUGAUUAUCUGAAUCUUAAUGAGCUUCAUUAGGAUCAAGAGGUUUUGGACAGGGAGCAGUUCAAACUUUGGCAGUGGCUCCUCGAGAACAGGACAAAGAAUACUAGGUGUAAAACACAUAUUGUUUGUCUUUGAAAGACAACAUAACUUGCUAGCUUUUAAAUGGCCCUUAUAGUGGAAAACUAAAUUUCCCUCACUUAUUUGAAAUAUAAGAGUUUAACAUAUGUGUAAACACUGUUUAAAGGUUGUACUGUUCACUGCCCAGUCAAUACAAUUCAUGUAUGGAAUCUGAGCUGCAAAACCAGCCUGUUUUGAAUUCACUGUGUCUGUGAUAAAGCUUAAAUCACUUUAGCUCCAUUCAUUCUCACUGAAGUUAUAAGAAGUGUAUCAGCCUGGCCUUCUUUUGGAUCAACACAGGACAUCCAAUCAGAACAGAGCUUAUUGACAUAUAUCAUUCUUAAAAGUACAGUAACAGAGACAGCCUGUUCACCUUUAAGGGAUAAAGUUACAAAACGGUCAAGAAAAAAUGACUUAUGUCUAUUUUGGUGCAUAAAACCACACAAAUGUAGAGAGUAGACACCAGGGGGAAAAUUUAAAUACAAAAAAAUGUAGGACAUGGGCCCUUUAAUGUCACACGCACAGGCUCAGAAAAGAAGAUCUGACUUAAUGUUUAGGCCUCAAAUGCAAAAACAACACUAUGCUGAUUAAGAUUAAGACAAUAGUGAUAAUUCACUCAUAUUCUCAGAAGACAAGUCCUUCACCAAGUUUUGAAUGAGUUCUCUACAAAUACUCUUUUAAUGCACUCGCAAAAGUCAGAUUUAUCUUCUUAUGGGGGUCCAAAGCACAAUUAACAAUACAAAAAGUUCUUAUUCACAUUGCGUACAAUUACAUAGUCCCACCAGAGAAGUUUCCAAAUCCCCAAAUCUUAUAUAGUGUUGAUUUUCUGCAUGUCCUAUAUCCACUCAGACUUUUAACUGUUUUUCUCUGUGAUUAGGUCUAGAACGUCUGUAUAUUAUUUAUCCUAGGUGUGAUAUAUGUACAUAGGGGUAUAUAUGGGGAAUUUACCAAAUUUUGGGGUGAACCCGCGAGGAGUAAAAGUGUGGAGGUGCUGUAUCCCUUCACUCUGUUCUCCUCCUACAUGGCCUGCUGUUAGUGUGUGUGUGUGUGUGUGUGUGUGU